CUUCCCUGGCCCGAUGUCCCAGGCGCACCGCGGGUCCCUCCGCAGCGCUGGACCGCGGGGCGAGCGCCGCGUCCUUGCUGCUCUAAACGGUAGUUGUGAGUGCUCCCGGCGUGGAGCUGUGCGGUGGAGUCCUGUGUCUGCAUGCGGAUGUGUUCUGCGCGGUGAUAAAUUCUUCGGCCUGAUGUUACAGUUCUUCUUAGUGUGAGUGUGCAGACCAGAAGCUGAGUGUGAAAACAAAGAAUGUUUGAGCAAGGAGGAGUAAUUCAGAACAGAAAACGUGUAUGCUAUGGUUAGCUGGUUCCUGUCACUCGAGAAUCUGUUUUCUCAUCGUGUGAGACUUGUUCAGCAUCGGGAUAAAGGAUAACGACUCUAUGGAUAUACAGAAUCCUUCACCAUGGUAAAACUCGCCAACCCGCUGUAUACAGAGUGGAUUUUGGAGGCAAUCAAAAAGGUAAAGAAGCAAAAACAGCGUCCUUCGGAGGAGAGGAUAUGCAAUGCAGUGUCAUCUUCACACGGUUUGGACCGCAAAACUGUUCUCGAACAGUUAGAGUUGAGUGUUAAAGAUGGAACUAUUUUAAAAGUCUCCAACAAGGGUCUCAACUCCUACAAGGAUCCUGAUAAUCCUGGGAGAAUAGCACUUCCGAAGCCUCGGAACCAUGGCAAGUUGGAUGGUAAACCAAAUGUGGACUGGAAUAAACUUAUCAAACGGGCAAUUGAGGGCUUGGCUGAGUCUAGUGGCUCAUCCUUGAAGAACAUCGAGCGCUUUCUGAAAGGGCAGAAAGAUGUGUCUGCGUUAUUUGGAGGUAGCGCUGCCUCCAUUUUUCACCAGCAAUUACGAUUAGCUGUCAAACGUGCUGUUGGCCAUGGAAGGCUUCUUAAAGAUGGACCUCUGUACCAACUCAACACUAAAGCAACCACUAAUGCUGAUGGGAGGGAGAGCUUUGAGUCUCUUUCCUGUCUCCCUCCAGUGUGUCUCCUUCCCCAUGAAAAGGAUAAGCCGGUUGCUGAACCAAUUCCAAUCUGCAGUUUCUGCCUUGGUACAAAAGAGCAAAAUCGGGAGAAGAAACCUGAAGAACUCAUCUCUUGUGCUGACUGUGGCAACAGUGGUCAUCCGUCCUGUUUAAAGUUCUCUCCAGAGUUGACAGUUCGAGUGAAAGCCUUGCGAUGGCAGUGUAUUGAGUGCAAAACAUGCAGUUCCUGUCGAGAUCAGGGCAAAAAUGCUGAUAACAUGCUAUUUUGCGACUCAUGUGACCGUGGCUUUCACAUGGAGUGCUGUGACCCGCCUCUUACCAGGAUGCCAAAAGGUAUGUGGAUAUGUCAAAUAUGUCGGCCACGGAAGAAAGGAAGGAAACUCUUACACAAGAAGGCAGCCCAGAUAAAACGACGCUAUGCUAACCCAAUAGGACGUCCCAAAAACAGGUUAAAGAAUCAAAAUACGACAUCAAAAGGUCCUUUCAGCAAAGUUCGGACUGGCCCUGGUCGGGGUAGGAAGCGUAAGAUCACCCUGUCCGGCCAGUCAGCAUCAUCAGAAGGAGGAUACCUGGAGCAGGCAGAUGUCUUGGACUUCUGCAGAGAUGGCAGCACCACCCUGAAGUUUAACAAGAAAACCAAAGGGCUUAUAGAUGGCCUUACUAAAUUCUUCACUCCCUCCCCUGAUGGACGAAAAGCUCGAGGGGAAGUGGUAGACUACUCUCAGCAGUACAGGAUCAGGAAGAAGGGUACCAGGAAAUCUAGCACUUCAGAAUGGCCCACAGGUAAAGAUUUUUCACCCUGCCAAUACAAUCAGGAUGGCUGGGAUGGAAAACAGGAAAAUGAAGACCGUUUUUUUGGGACCCAGGAUGUCUUAACUGAAAAGGACAUGGAGCUGUUUAGAGAUAUUCAGGAACAAGCACUGCAGAAAGUAGGGGUGACUGGGCCUCCUGAUCCACAAGUCCGAUGCCCUUCUGUAAUCGAAUUUGGCAAGUAUGAAAUCCAGACGUGGUACUCCUCCCCCUAUCCACAGGAAUACUCGAGGUUACCCAAGUUGUACCUUUGUGAGUUCUGUCUAAAGUAUAUGAAAAGCAGAACUAUUCUCCAACAGCAUAUGAAAAAAUGUGGUUGGUUCCAUCCUCCAGCCAAUGAAAUUUACAGAAAAAACAAUAUUUCAGUCUUUGAAGUUGAUGGCAAUGUCAGCACUAUCUACUGCCAGAAUUUGUGCUUGUUAGCCAAACUCUUCCUGGACCAUAAGACACUCUAUUAUGAUGUGGAGCCAUUUCUUUUCUACGUGUUGACACAGAAUGAUGUCAAGGGCUGUCACCUUGUUGGCUACUUUUCCAAGGAGAAACACUGCCAACAGAAGUACAAUGUGUCCUGUAUAAUGAUUCUUCCUCAAUACCAGCGUAAGGGCUAUGGCAGGUUCCUAAUUGACUUCAGCUAUUUGCUGUCAAAGCGUGAGGGUCAAGCAGGAUCACCAGAGAAGCCCCUGUCAGACCUGGGGCGCCUCUCCUAUAUGGCUUAUUGGAAAAGUGUAAUAUUGGAGUGCCUUUAUCAUCAACAUGACAAGCAAUUAAGCAUCAAGAAAUUGAGUAAGCUGACUGGGAUCUGCCCUCAAGAUAUCACUUCCACUUUACAUCACCUACGAAUGCUUGACUUCCGUAGUGAUCAAUUUGUGAUCAUUCGUCGGGAGAAGCUUAUCCAGGAACAUAUGGCAAAGCUCAGAACUAAUGUCCGACCUAUAGAUGUGGAUGCAGAAUGUCUGCGUUGGACACCUGUUAUAGUUUCCAACUCCGUUGUCUCUGAAGAUGAAGAAGAGGAGACAGAGGAUGGGGAAAACGAAGAGCAACAGCAGCAGAAAGAAAAAGAUUCAGAGACCAGUAUGGCAAAAUCUGUGUCAUGGGAGAAGAAAGAGCAAGAGCCUUACUCACCUACAGAGAGUGAAAAAAAGCCAGACAUUGUUGCUCCAGCCAAUUCUGCACGGCCAAACAAGCACAUUUUCCCCCUGGAUAGCCUUCCUGCAAACAGCCAGCCCUCACGAAGAGGGCGAUGGAACCGCAAGAGCAAGAAACUUCGGGAGCCCUUUUGUGACAAGGAGUCAAUGUUGCCCAUGGAGGACAAACCACCAGUUCCCAGUGGGCGAUGCAGUGAAUGCGAGGAGAAGUCAGCAGCCUCCCAAGGCCGGUGCAGUGACUGUGAGGAGAAGUCAGCAGCCUUGCAAGGAAGAUGUGGUGAAUGUGAGGAGAAGUCCCCAGCCCCAAGAAGCCGAUACGUUGAAGAGGAGGAAAAAUGUGCAGUUUCCCAGGGACAGUAUGGCAAAGGGGAAGAAUCUGCAGUUCCCCGUCGGCGGUACAGCGAAGGUAUGGAAGGGUGGAGAGGGCAGUUGAAAAAGAACACGGAGCCACUGAAGAGCAGAUUCCCAGAGGACUGUGACAGGUUACCCCGCCGCUACAGUGAUAGUGACAGGGCACUUCUGAGGUGUUUUAGUGAGAGUAGUGAAGAGGAAGACGAUGAACCUGUGAGUCCUCGAUCGAGCUCUCCGCCUGUUCUCACCAAGCCAACAUUGAAACGAAAGAAACCAAUUCUUCAUCGGAAGAGGCGAGUCCGCAAGCGUAAGCACCACAAUAGCAGUGUUGUCACUGAAACCAUCUCAGAGACCACAGAAGUGCUGGAUGAACCGUUUGAGGACUCAGACUCCGAACGACCAAUGCCCCGAUUAGAGCCUACAUUUGAGAUUGAGGAGGAGGAAGAGGAGGAGGAGGAUGAGGAGGAGGAGAAUGAACUUUUGCCCAGUGGAUACUUUCGGCAUUUAACCCCACCAGAUACACUCAGGCAUAGACCCUCUUCUAAGAGGAAGUCCAAAGAUGAGGAGGAGUCUGAUGACACUAAUGGUAACCCACCUUUGAAACCAUUAUCUAUGCUGAGAAAAUGUGAAGAUAAGGAUUCUUCACUUGAGCCAGAUACUUCUACACCCAUGAAAAAGAAGAAGGGAUGGCCAAAAGGGAAAAGCCGAAAACCAGUGCACUGGAAGAAAAGACCUGGUCGAAAACCAGGGUUUAAACUGAACCGGGAAAAGGAGCCACCGUCAGCUGAGGAUGAAGGAGUUGAUGCAGUGGUAGCUAAUUCAAAACCAGGGCGUAAGCCCAAACUUUCAGAUCAAGAGGAAGGUGUUGAGCAGAAAGAAGAGCUGCCUUUUACUGAGGAAAGGAAAGAGGAAGAUGUGAAUGUGGAAGCAGAAGAGGUAGGAGAGGGAGAAGAGGAAGAUACAGCCAGCAGUGAAGUAAGAGCAGUUUCUCCUGUGGACAGCAACAGCAGUCCAGUGCCAGAAGUAAAAGAGCCUGAGAUAGAAGAGGAGGUAGAGGAGAAGCCACGGGUUUUAGAAGAGCAGAGGCAAUCAGAAGAAGAACAGCAAGAACUAGACGAACCUGAGCAUGAUCAUGAAGAAGAAGAGGAAGUUGCAGCAGCAACGAAUCAAAAUGAAGAUCACGAUGCUGAUGAUGAAGACGACGGUCAUCUGGAGUCUGUAAAGAAAAAAGAGUUGGAGGAGCAGCCUGUUAGAGAAGGGGUGAAGGAGGAGCCUCAGGUGCAAGAGUGUUUUUUAGAAACAAGCAUACCAAGCAGUAGAGAAGAUACAAAAGAAAAAGAUGAAACGGAGGCAGAUUCUGAGGAAGAGCAGGCUUCCAAUGAGACAUCAGUAGGCUCAGAGCACGUCCCUGGGUCUGAAGACGACCACGAAGAAGAGCAGAGUAAUAAAGAAGGGUUAAUUGAGUUAAAGGAAGAGGAAGAGAUUCCUCAUAGUGAGCUAGAUCUUGAAACUGUUCAAGCAGUCCAGUCCUUGACACAGGAGGAAAGCAAUGAGCAUGAUGUAGCUUACCAGGACUGUGAAGAAACUCUCGCAGCUUGUCAGACUUUGCAGAGUUACACCCAGACUGAGGAGGAUCCUCAGAUAUCCAUGGUUGAAGAUUGCCAGGCCUCAGAACACAACAGUCCAAUAUCCUCUGUUCAGUCCCACCCCAGCCAGUCUGUACGUUCUGUCAACAGCCCAAAUGUGCCUGCUCUGGAGAGCAGUUACACCCAGAUAAGUCCUGAACAAGGAUCCCUGUCCGCACCCUCUAUGCAGAACAUGGAGACCAGCCCCAUGAUGGAUGUGCCUUCAGUAUCGGACCACUCUCAGCAGGUGGUGGAUAGUGGCUUCAGUGACCUUGGCAGCAUUGAGAGCACUACAGAGAAUUAUGAGAACCCCAGCAGCUACGACUCCACUAUGGGAGGCAGCAUCUGUGGAAAUAACUCUUCCCAGAGCAGCUGUUCCUAUGGAGGACUGUCCUCUUCUAGCAGCCUCACUCAGAACAGUUGUGUUGUCACUCAGCAAAUGGCAAACAUUGGCAGCAGUUGCAGCAUGAUGCAGCAAAACACUGUCCAGCCUGCAGCAAACUGCAAUAUCAAGUCACCUCAGAGCUGUGUAGUAGAAAGGCCUCCAAGUAACCAGCAACCAACAACACAGCCACAACAGCAACAGCCUCAGUCACAGCAGCCACAGCCACCACCUCCACCCCAGCAGCAACCUCCGCUGUCGCAGUGUAGCAUGAACAACAGCUUCACCCCAGCACCUAUGAUCAUGGAAAUACCCGAAUCAGGAAGCACCGGUAACAUAAGUAUCUAUGAGAGGAUCCCAGGGGAUUUUGGUGCUGGGAGCUAUUCACAACCGUCAGCCACGUUCAGUUUAGCCAAGUUGCAGCAGCUGACAAACACCAUUAUGGACCCUCAUGCCAUGCCUUACAGCCAUUCUCCUGCUGUGACUUCCUAUGCAACCAGCGUUUCCCUGUCCAACACAGGGUUGGCUCAGCUAGCUCCCUCCCAUCCCUUAGCAGGCACACCACAAGCACAAGCCACCAUGACACCUCCACCGAACCUGGCGUCCACCACCAUGAACCUCACGUCACCUCUGCUCCAGUGUAAUAUGUCUGCCACCAACAUUGGGAUCCCGCACACCCAGAGGCUGCAGGGGCAGAUGCCAGUCAAGGGGCACAUCUCCAUCCGCUCCAAGUCAGCACCGCUGCCCUCUGCGACCGCGCACCAGCAGCAGCUCUACGGGCGCAGCCCCCCUGCGGUUGCCAUGCAGGCCGGGCCCCGGGCCUUGGCUGUCCAGCGGGGUAUGAACAUGGGGGUCAACCUAAUGCCAACCACCCCGUACAAUGUUAACUCCAUGAAUAUGAACACUCUGAAUGCCAUGAACAGCUACAGAAUGACACAGCCCAUGAUGAACAGCAGUUACCAUAGUAACCCUGCCUACAUGAACCAGACAGCACAGUAUCCUAUGCAGAUGCAGAUGGGAAUGAUGGGGAGCCAGGCCUACACCCAGCAGCCUAUGCAGCCCAAUCCUCAUGGAAACAUGAUGUACACUGGCCCCUCCCAUCACAGCUACAUGAACGCUGCUGGGGUGCCCAAGCAGUCUCUCAAUGGACCAUACAUGAGAAGAUGAGCAAGAUGAACUUGCAUCCUAAAAACUGAAAUAUAUAUAAAUAAAGGAACCUUUUAUACUGACGAACCAGAGAAAAUGGACCUUUUUCCAGUUAAAAUAUUGCUGUAGAUUUAGAGGGAUUUUCUUUGGUUUAUUUUAUUUUUUAGGAAGCCUGGUCUUUAUUUUUUGGAGGUUUUUGUUUUGUUUUGUUGUUUUUUUUGUUUUGCGUUUUUGUUUUCUUCACAAUCCUGAAGCAUUUUACAGCUAAAAAAAAAAAAAAUCAUUUACAGAUGUUUUUUAGAGGGGAAAACAUGCACAAAAUCUUUCAUAAUUUAAAAAGAGCCUUACUUUGCUGACAAUGUGGACAGAAUACGUGUAACAGUGAAAUCAUCUUCCUAAAUUUGUUUUAUCUCAGUGUACGUCCUUUUCCCUCCCCUGUGCCCCUCUGUAUUGCAGUUUCUAGUGCUGCAGUCAUGUAAUGUUUGACAUCUCAAAGAAUAACAACCCUUCCCUCUAAAACCCCACCUAGCAUUUCCUACUUCUAGCAGGAGGCACUUAUUGGGAGACUUGGAAGGGGACACAGAGGAUAAAAGAAGCUCUUGAUUUCUGCAGGUCAGGGGAAAUCUUUCAUCUGGAAUUUUCCCUGCCUCCCUCACCCGCAGUGGAAUUUGGAGUUAGGUGUAAACAAUAAACUCUUCACAUUUGGUGUUUUUUGUAGAUGAAUUAACUGACAUUGUAUGUUUCACGCUGAAAAGUGUAAUGUGACUUGAAACUGAUCCCGUUCGCCACCCAGACAUGCAUGUUGCACACACGUGCGUGCAUGCACACAUGUUCUGUCACUCUGAACUACUGGAAGCAUCGAGAGAGAGAACGUUGCAUCCCUCGUGCAAGUCACGAGGAGGGAGAAUCGGGUGGGACGUGGCUUUUAGGACAAGCAAACGGCUGCAGGUUCUCGUGGUGAACUGCAAGUCAGCCACAAGGCUGAGGUCCCAAACUCCUCUGGUGUGUCCUAGGAAGUGCUGAGGGUCUUGGUUUGAGCCGCUUAGUCAGGCUGAGCCCAGAAGGAGCUGUUUCCAGUGGUCUGCCUCUUAGUCUCUUUACUUGAGUCAUCUUGGAAGAUAACGUGUAUGUUGUGACUUGACAAAGAGCCCUGUGGUGUCCUUGUCCCUUUUCCAUUCCUGGCAUGGGGUAGGAAGUUGCUGAAUGUGCCGCGCUCUGGGGGAGUCAGGGAUGUUCUUCCCCGAUUCUGCCGCUGUGUUGGAGACCCGUUUUAUAGGAGUAGCCACACUUUGGAUCUAGUGUGAGAAAAGAAGGGAAUCGGCCUGUUUUACCGCAGUGAAACAGUCCAAACACUAGAGGAGGAUGCAGGCAGCAGGAUUUUGCUGUUUAUUACCGCAUAGUCCAGUUGACGUUCUCUUUGGCUACACUGCUGGCAUGUCACCCAAUACAAAAAGGGACACCCCUUAAUGUAAAGUUCUUUUUUAUUGUAUAUGAAGUAGAAAUACAGACACAUUAAUAAGACUAAUUUCGUUUGUUUUUAAACCAAAAGAGUCUAAAAAGAAAGUUGGGGUUUUCUUCAGAUGCACUAAACCGGACUUUCCUCCAGUAGCUGCUUAACCAGAAAAGGCAGAAUUCAAAGGACUUCCACUUUUUACUUCUGUUUAGUUUUGAGCAUGUACAAGGCUGUGUAGGACCCCAUUCUCUCUGUAUAUACUAUUCCAGCCCCGAAUAACCCAUGUAGAAAGCGCACUGUGCUGCCCUCUCCUUCCUAGAUCUUCAGCUGGGUCACUGCUUCCUGAUGGGGGGGGGGGGUCUGAGACAGGAGGAGGAGAAGCUGUUGGAAUGAGGGCAGUGGAUUGAGUUUGGUUUGGUUUUUGUAUGUUUUUUUUACCAAUUGGGCAGCUCCCUUUUCCACAAGCCUUUGUGACUGUAGAACUAUUGUAGAGAGAAAAAAAAAAAAAAAAAGUUCUUUUCUAUAUAUAAAAAAAAAAAAAAAAGAAAUUAUCCAACGCAGUAAUCUUGGUACCUACCAUUUUUUCACUUCUGUUUAAGAAAAAGAAAAAAAAAAUAAAAAUAUGUAUUUUUAGCAAGAUAACUUGGGUAAUCUUCUAAAAGAAAUUAAAAAUCUCACUGUUAGUGACUUCGAUGCCUUUUAAAAGAAAUAAGAGCUUUUUCAUUUCAUUCCAUCUUUAAAGUUUUUUAUCUUUGUUGUAGAAUAUUAAAAACUAUUUUAAGAAAGAUAAAAAAAUUCUCUUUAAAGAGAUCUCUAGAGUGUGUGAAUAGGAGCUCCAGAUGCCUCUAAAAGCCGCAUGUACAAAUGAAGCUGAGUCUAUUCCUGUCUGUUUAUAUUUGCUUUUCCUGUUUUGUAACCUCUUUGUACUUUGUUCAUGGUGACUUGUAAGCUAAGGGGAAGGGGUGCCUAGAUGCCUUUGUAAUUCUCCAUGUCAUACGCUCCUGGCUGGAUGGUCUCCCUUCCUCUCCUUGUAUGUAAUAUCACUUUUUUUUCCCCUUUCUAGCAAGUACUUUCAAAAGAACUCUGUACAUUUUAACAUAAAAAAUAAAUUAUGUUGAGCCAUUUUGGA